AUGGAACCAGGUAAAGAAGAUUACGAAAGUCUCCGAUCAGUUUGUGUUGGAUUCGCGAGAAGUCCUCGGCUGAGUACACCCACUCCUGAGAGACCUCGCAACAAGCAGUCGGAACUCAGGUUGGUAGUCCCAGAGACUUUACGUGCCGACAUGUUGCAUUACUCGCACGAGGAUUUCCAAGGCGGACACCAAGGAAUCAACAGGACAUUUGAACGAUUACGCUCAGAGUUCUACUGGAUCGGGAUGUACGCUGAUAUACAGAAGUUCGUGAGAGAAUGCGUAGAUUGUGCGUCAGCCAAGGGGCGACCACCGGUUAUCGGUCCGUCGCCUGGCAAUAUCGAACCGAGAUAUUCGUUCGAGGUGGUCUCCAUAGAUUUUGUCACUGAGCUACCUGAAUCUGACCGUGGAAAUACAUACUUGUUGCUGUUCCAAGAUCAAUUCUCAGGAUAUGUCAUGUGCAAACCCAUGCGGAAUACCGAAGCCCAAGAUGUUGCUGAGGCAUACGAAGAGUGCGUAUUCAGAAGAUUUGGGGCGAGUUCAAUGAUCAGACAUGAUCAGGACCCCCGUUUCAUGAGUAAAGUCUUCGCUAGAUUCAGAGACCUUCUGAAAAGUAAGCAACGUGCGACGCUAGGAUACCGGCCUCAGGCCAAUGGACAGCAAGAACGCUCAGUCCAAACGGUAAUGCGGAGUGUCAGAGCGUAUGUCGCUGAAGUUGACCAGAGUGACUGGGAUGAGCAUGCAGAACGUCUCAUGUUCGUUCUGAAUACCUCGUUCGAUGCUGCAAGUUUGGACACUCCGUUUUACCUGUCCAAGAACGAACGGCCUUGGAGUGGCGCCGGACGGUUGCAACGGAACUAUAGCUAUGCUCUAGCGUGUGGGGAAGACUUGCAAAAGAAGGCGGAGCGUGCGAGAUCUGCUGCUGAGACUCGUAAGUGGAGAGAACACUCGGAUCGUGUAAAGGCAGGUUUCGAAGCAGGUGAUUCUGUAUGGUUGUACAUUCCAAAAGUCCACACAGGAUUGAGCCGCAAGUUAGCUCACCUGUGGCAUGGGCCCCGAAUCGAUGAAAUAAACGACGACUUCAGAGUCAAGCUCAAAAUCCCAGGCACAGGUUACCGCGUGAACCCGUGGGUCCACAUUAGCCGCCUCAAACCGAGAGCUCUGUUCCCAAAGCGACCGACCUCAGAGACA